AUGGAUACCCUCAUAACUGCCGAUGUUGUGGCGACAGCGCCUCGGUUUCGGCGGAAGUCGUCGACCUUUGUCGAUGCUAUCCAUGAUAUGCCGGAAAUGCCAGCCCUGGCACCAGCUCAACUUUAUAGUACUGAAUCCGGGCGGCUCUUUCAUUCUGGACGGAUUGUCAUUAUCACAGUUGGUUUACCAGCCCGGGGAAAGACGCACAUAUCUGUAGCCCUUGCUCGGUAUCUUAGGUGGCUUGGUGUUAAAACUCGCAUAUUUCACCUUGGAGAUUACCGACGAGCUACUGUCGGUGUUGGCGGUGAACUGCCAGAGGAUUACUUCUUUGCGAAUGCAUCUGCCUCUUCGGUCCUUCUUCGACAAAAGAUUGUCAAAAGAUGCCGUGAAGACAUAUAUCAUUUUUUGAACCACGAAAAUGGACAAAUCGCCAUAUAUGAUGCUGUUAACCCACUGGCUGCUGGUAGAAUAUCUCUUUCAAGAGAAUUUGCGAAGCAAGAUAUCGAGACCUUAUUCAUUGAAUCAUCUUGCAGCGAUGAGCGUAUAAUUGAAGAGAACGUGCGGCGAGUGAAGAUAUCGUCCCCUGACUAUGUGGGGUGGGAUUUCCAAGUGGCUGUAAAAGAUUAUCUAGCUCGAAUAUCCGCGAGAAUUCCACUGUUCGAAACCAUGCAAGAGCAAGAGUUGAACUAUAUCAAGAUGUUUAACGCCGGUGAAAAGAUGAUGAUUAACAACCGUGGUUUCGGUUAUCUUCAUCAUCGGAUUGUUUUUUACCUGUUGAACCUACAUAUUAAGAAUAGGCGUACCUAUUUUGUUAGGGCCGGCACUUCUACGGAGUCAGACUCGUACAAAGCGGAUUCGUCACUUUCGUCAAAAGGGGAAGAUUAUGCCCGCAAGAUGACUGACACGCUCAUUAAACAUCGGGAAGAAGAGAGAAAAGACCUACUAGAACAGGGGGAGCCUGAUCCACUGCUCAGGCCGCUCAUAAUUUGGUCCUCAACCCGGCGCAGAUCUAUAGAAACUGCACAAUUUCUUCGUUUACAGGGAUACAAGGUCCGACAUCGUUCUCAAAUGAGCCAGCUGAAUCCUGGAGUAUGCGAGAAGAUGUCUGAAGAACAGAUCAGAAAAGAAUAUCCUGAUGAAGUAGAAAUGCAUGAGUUGGACCCCUAUCACCAUAGGUAUCCCAGAGCUGAGUCAUAUCACGACUUGGCCGUGCGCCUUGAGCCUGUCAUCCUUGAGCUUGAACGUGAACAAAACGAUCUGCUUAUCAUUGCACAUGAAGGCGUUUUGAGAGUGCUGUAUGGGUAUUUAAUGGCGUGUAACUCUACAGAUAUCCCGUUUCUGUCCUUCCCACGCGACCAGAUAAUUGAGAUAAUCCCUGCCAGCUAUAAUAAUCAGGCAAAACGUAUUCACAUACCAGAUCUUCCACCAGAAAUUGUUCCAGGUUCACCGGAGGACAUUAAGAUUCACGUCCCACCAAGUGGUAUCAUUUCACCAAUGCCUGGUGGUGGACUGGAUGGCUCCUCUUUUGAAAGGGGUGCAACUCCACAGCUCGGAUUUAGGACACCCAGAGAUCCAGAAAAGAUAUCCCAGCACCAGGCUGAAGAUGUCGUCUGA